AUGGCUUGGUUCUAUGCUAAUGCAUUAUAUUUAGAAGCAAGAAAUCUUACAUAUGUCGAUUUUCCUAUACAGUGGGUUUAUGACAAGAAAACUACUACAUGGAAACUACAGCAGUGUGAAAAUAUGAUUAGGCGAAUUGCAACAUUGUUUAAUUUUCUUCACACAGUUAAUGCAGUUUUAUAUUCUACUUUCAAAAAAGCGUAUGCUGUGUUGGGCCUACUACAAAAUAAUACUAAAUGGGAUAUGUGUUUAGCGAAAGCUUCUCAAUAUUCAAAUUCUCUUACUGAUGAUAUUCUACUUCAUAUUGCUACUAAUCCUAAAAAUACAAUUACUAAUAUACAAAAUCAAGCUUUACUCCAUUUGCAGUCUAUUUUACUUAGACAUGAAAAACAUCUCAAUGACUUUCCCAAUAUGCCUAUCUCUAAUUUACCUUCUGACUACUCUUAUACCAAUCGUCUUAUUUGCGAAGAACAAAGCUAUGAUAUCAAUGAACUUAAUCGAAUUGUUCAAACUGGAGUUUUUCAAUUAAAUAUAGAUCAGCAUAACAUAUUUGAAAAAGUUAUAGUUGCACUAGAAAACAAAGCACCUGUUAUGUUUUUUGUCGAUAGUCCAGAUGAAACUGGAAAAACGUUUUUGUAUAAGUAA